ACAUUUAUUUGGCCACGUGGCUCGCCCGGGCGCUGACCGCUGCGGAGGCGGACUCACGCUUCUCCACUCCCGAGUUGUGUGGCUUGCUUUGGAAAGACCAGGAGCCAGCCACACGCUGUGCCCCUGGCGACGUGUGAUCUCCCAGGAUCCAGUCGCAGCCCGCUUCAGGUGCUGGGGUUUCGAGCUCGGUCUCGGACCUAAAUUCGGCGCCGGGAGCUCUCAAGUGGGUCCCAUUUUUAGCACCGAGUGCUGAAGAGUCUUUUGGGAAAGGGACCGAGCGCAGAGUCAGAAAGAGAUGACGUUCUAAUUCCUGCCAGAUUUGUUAAACAGAGUCCCUCGGUUUACCCAGCCAGGAAAUGGGGCUUGCGAUGCCAGCAUUUUCCCGACCGGUCACAGAGGAACUCUCCAUUGGAGAGAUUCUGUGGUUACCAAGGAAGGCUUGGAGCAGGGAGCUACCCGAAGCCUGCCUCAGUGACAUACUGAUCAGGAGCAUCACUGCCCAGGAGAGGGAAGGAGGAAAUACCUGCUGUGCCAGAGAGGGGAUGGCCCUCCCUACAGCCAGAUAACCCAUGUGGUGGUUGAUGAAAUAUGGAUACCGACACCAAACUGGUUAUCAGCACUCUUUGUACCAGCUUUCUCACCUUUCAGUUUUUUUUCCACUUUGUAAGUUACUGGUUUUCUGCAAAAAUUUCUUCAGGUUUUAAUAGUCUCAGCUUGGAAAAGAAGAUUGAAUGGAACUCAAGGGUAGUAUCUACAUGCCAUUCUUUGGUGGUUGGGAUUUUGGGCCUAUAUAUUUUCUUCUUUGAUGAGGCUACUAGAGCUGAUCCACUUUGGGGUGAUUCAUCAUUUGUGAAACUGAAUAUUGUUACUGCUUCAGGCUACCUCAUUUCUGAUUUGUUGAUUCUCAUUUUCUAUUGGAAAGUGAUUGGUGACAAAUUUUUCAUAAUUCAUCAUUGUGCAGCACUGUAUGCAUACUGCUUUGUACUGAAAUAUCAAGUACUGGGGUACAUUGCAAAUUUUCGACUGCUUGCAGAGCUUUCCAGCCCUUUUGUGAAUCAGCGGUGGUUCUUUGAAGCUCUGAAGUAUCCAAAGUUUUCCAAAGCUAAUGUCAUCAAUGGAAUUCUCAUGACAGUGGUGUUCUUCAUUGUGCGGAUUGCUGUAAUACCUCCUUUCUAUGGCUUCUUGUAUUCUGUGUAUGGAACAGAACCCUACAUCAGGCUGGGAUUUGUAAUCCAAUAUUCCUGGAUCUCUACUUGUAUUGUUUUGGAUGUGAUGAAUGUCAUGUGGAUGAUCAAAAUCUCUAAAGGGUGCAUCAAAGUCAUCUCUCUCAUCAGACAAGAGAAAGCCAAUAACAGUCUUCAAAAUGGAAAACUUGAUUAAAGGUGUGGUUUAUCUAACACCUUUGUUUAGAUAAGCAAUCUUCAUUAUUACCCAACAUUAUAUUUACUAAUAGGAUGGAUUGGCAUGUUCUUGUGCUUCCUUAUGAAUUCUAAUUGUUAUUCAGGGUUUCAGUGUCAUAUUUUCUUCUUUUUAGAAGAAACUAAAAUUUAGUCUUUAUUCCAAGAUUUUCUGUUUUCUUCUGCAUUAAAAGCAUGGAUAAAAUCUUAAAAUUUUAAAUAAAAAUUAUAGAUAUAAUGGUGAAUCUUUUCAAAAAUCUCAUAGCCUGCAUUAGUAUUUUUCUCUGUGGAAAGAUGACUGAUAAUUUGGUGCACUUGGUGUGCUACCACUUUUGCUGAAAAGAUGAGAACAUUUUUAAAUCUGUAAAUAACUCAACAUUUUUUUGUGUUGUACUUUUUUCUUAGGUCAACACCUAUGUAGGUUUUUACUUCCAAAUUGUUGACAUGAUCUUUUCUCCAGGCUAUUAAAAGUGACACUUUCUAUUUUAGAUAUGCAAUUAUCUAUUAGCAAUGAAGUAUUUUACUCAUUUUGAGGAUUUUUCGUUAGUUUGAUCAUGGAAUAUACUUCCUGGAUUUUAAGAUUUUUUUUAAGAUAUCACUUAUUUUUAUUUUAGCAUUUUUAUCAACUUAUUUUUAUUUUGUAGUAAGGCUUAAGGCAGAUUUUAUGGACCUCCUUCAAGGGUGAGAUUCUUAUAAGAGUUCACACUGAUAAGUGACUGGGCUGCUGACGGUGAGCCUUUCAGAGCAUUCAGUGAUACAGCUACUGCAGCACGCGUGCCAUGGUUUCACUGCCACAGGACUAGGCUAAUUCUGUAGAAGAGAACUCACAAGGAAAAGCACUGCAACGUGGCUGGCUGUUUCCCUUUCAUUUUUUUCUAAGAAUAAUAUUGCUGUGCAUAAAAUCUCCCGAGUUUGGAACCUGACAUCAUCAGUGGUCGUCUUAUGCAAUAUG